AUGUCCACCGCUCCAAUUCACUCACGUCUGCGUUCCAAAAAUUGGUGGUUGGUGCGCUUCGCGGGAUUGGCUAUCUAUCUUUCCCUCGCAAUACAUACACACCCGGCCUCCUCGUUCCCUUGGGCGCAUCUCCGUAGACUCAAGAAACCGAGGAAACCGAGCUAUGUCUUCCUGUUAAUGUUUCCUGCUCCUGCACGCACAGAUAUACAGCUUGGGGAAUACUGGGGAUACCGCGAUACGACUGUCAAUCAUGCCGCAAAAAUAUAUACUCCCCUCUUCUCCCGCAGCAGUCUUUUUGUGGUUAGCGUCCCUCAUGGCUGCGCUGCUAACGUAGCCCGCACGCAGGCUCCCAUCUAUAACCUAUACUUCUUGCUGUCGCAUUUUAUCACGUUCAGCAUGUCCAGCGAAUGGGUCUGGAACGCCAAGCGCGACAUCAGCAAGACAGACCCUGCGCCAGUGCCAAUCAUACAAGCCGCCUGGCACCUCUGA